AUGAUACGAUUGAGAAAGGUAUCUUUGGUGAACGACAUCCGAAAGAAUCGUGCUCCACUUUAUUAUUGGUCUCUCGGUGCUGGUUUCAUUACAACAGUAUCUUUUAUUACAUUUGGUUAUUUUUAUUAUUCAUAUCGGAUCAGACAAAGAACAAUAGAAGGUAUUAAAAAAGGUGAAAUUGAACGUAUUGUCAGUGCUGAAGGUUUAAAUAGUCAAGAAUUAGAAAAAGCGAUUGAUUUAUUUCAAAAACAACGAAUUCACGAACAAAUUCAAGUUGAUAAUUACGAACGAUAUAAAAAAUUACGUAAUAAACGUCGUGAACAAGAAGGUCUUAAUUAA